GCGCUCCCCAGUGCUCGCCCGGCGCCCACUCCUUCGCAGCCCAGCCUUCGCCGCCGCCGCCUCCCUGCUCCUCCUCCACCUCCUCCUCCUCUCCCCAGCCCGCCGCGGCCAUGGCGGACAGCGCCAGCGAGAGCGACACGGACGGGGCGGGGGGCAACAGCAGCAGCUCGGCCGCCAUGCAGUCGUCCUGCUCGUCGACCUCGGGCGGCGGCGGCGGCGGUGGCGGCGGUGGCGGCGGCGGCGGCGGGGGAGGCGGCGGCGGUGGGAAGUCGGGGGGCAUUGUCAUCUCGCCGUUCCGCCUGGAGGAGCUCACCAACCGCCUGGCCUCGCUGCAGCAGGAGAACAAGGUGCUGAAGAUUGAGCUGGAGACCUACAAACUAAAGUGCAAGGCGCUGCAGGAGGAGAACCGCGACUUGCGCAAAGCCAGCGUGACCAUCCAAGCCAGGGCUGAGCAGGAAGAAGAAUUCAUCAGUAACACUUUAUUCAAGAAAAUUCAGGCUUUGCAGAAGGAGAAAGAAACCCUGGCUGUAAAUUACGAGAAGGAAGAAGAGUUUCUCACUAAUGAGCUCUCCAGAAAAUUGAUGCAGUUGCAGCAUGAGAAAGCCGAGCUGGAACAGCAUCUCGAGCAGGAGCAGGAGUUUCAGGUCAACAAACUGAUGAAGAAAAUUAAAAAACUGGAGAACGACACCAUUUCCAAGCAACUUACGUUAGAGCAGUUGAGACGGGAGAAGAUUGACCUUGAAAACACCUUGGAACAAGAACAGGAAGCACUAGUGAAUCGUCUCUGGAAAAGGAUGGAUAAACUUGAAGCAGAGAAGCGAAUCCUGCAGGAGAAACUAGACCAGCCCGUCUCUGCACCCCCGUCGCCUAGAGAUAUCUCCAUGGAAAUUGAUUCUCCAGAAAACAUGAUGCGCCACAUCAGGUUUUUAAAGAACGAAGUGGAACGGCUCAAGAAGCAACUGAGAGCGGCCCAGCUUCAGCAUUCGGAGAAGAUGGCCCAGUACCUGGAGGAGGAGCGCCACAUGCGGGAGGAGAACCUGAGGCUGCAGAGGAAGCUGCAGAGGGAGAUGGAGAGAAGAGAAGCCCUGUGUCGCCAGCUGUCCGAGAGCGAGUCCAGCCUGGAGAUGGACGACGAAAGGUAUUUUAACGAGAUGUCUGCCCAAGGAUUAAGACCUCGCACUGUGUCCAGCCCAAUCCCUUACACUCCUUCUCCGAGCUCAAGCAGGCCCAUAUCACCCGGCCUGUCAUACGCAAGUCACACAGUUGGCUUCACUCCGCCGACGUCACUGACGAGAGCCGGAAUGUCUUACUACAACUCCCCGGGUCUUCACGUGCAGCACAUGGGAACAGCCCAUGGUAUCACAAGGCCUUCACCGCGGAGAAGCAACAGUCCUGACAAAUUCAAACGGCCCACGCCGCCUCCGUCUCCCAACACACAGACCCCAGUGCAGCCGCCGCCGCCCCCGCCGCCGCCCCCCAUGCAGCCCUCGGUGCCCUCGGCAGUCAGCUCGCAGCCCGCCCCUUCGCAACAUUCGGUGCACCCCUCCUCCCAGCCUUAAUGCAUGUGCUUAGUCUGAAUUCCAAGUUGGGACUCGUCCAAUGGAGCCGUCUACUCAACGCCAAAGGCUUCCUUCCCUGGCAUAUUUGGAUCUGACUGAUUUGCACUGAGGUUAUCUAGGCUUCACUGUCCAUUGUGUUGUAAGUGUCUGUCGGAAACGCAGCCAGUGUUGUGGGUCUACAACACUAACCAGACGACUUUUUCCAGCAGUGUUUACUUGAAUCUCCGUGUGCGUGCAUUCCCUGGCUGGAACGUUGGCGAUUCGGUAUUGGGUAAUUCAGCAGCAGUGUGCAAUUUUUGCUUGGCCCCAGAGCUUCAGUUUUCCUGGCUUUUCGGUUUGUAAAAUAAAAAGGGAUAUCUUUUUUAUAAUUUUUUUUUUCAUGAAUUUGCAGAAAAUUGCUGAGCUGUUAAUAUUCCCCUUCUCCCAUUGCAGUGGUGUUUAUCAAGCAAAACUGAUAAUUCAGCACUACAGUCAGACCUUUGAAAAUCUAGCUUUCAGCAGAGAAUGGAAAGUUAGAUGAAUCAGUGCCCAAAACACAAGUACUGUUUAAUAGAGCUUUCUACAGAUACACUUUUUACAGGUUAUUUUCAGUAAAAAUCAACAUCCUUGUCUCUUGUAAAACAGAUAGCCUAAAGCGAUAACUCCCACAACUGUACCCAUCCACCAGAUGGAUAAUUAUCGUAUAUGAAGGUGUGACUCUGUCCUCUAU